CCCACAGUGUGGGACGGUCGUCGGCAUGAAAACUACUUCUCCACCUUCUCCACAUGGUAUGUGCGUCAAAUUCGUUGAAGUCCCCGGACAUCGACGGGAAGGAAAAAUGAUAAGAGAUAUCCUUCAGCGCAUGUUUCAUGAACUAACCCAACCAACUGCAGGCAUUUUUUCCAUCUCUAAUUCACACGUCUUCUUGCAACUCCCUUUCUCCAUUGGACGACUGUUCGAUUCCCUUGGAAAUGGCUAUGAAUCGUGAGACCACCCGAAGCAUUCCGAUUGUUCGGCGGACCGGAAAGAUUGCCCUGGAGGAAGCUGUGGGAAGUCCUCUAUUCGCUGCACAUCAGAAUUAUCCACCUCGUCCAGUGAUCAAAGAUCUGGAUGGACUGCCGUUUAGUACCGAAUUCCUCGCAGAUGUCGAGAGCAGAUUAGAUGAUGUCGAGCUUCGGCUCAAGUCCAUGGACCAAAGCGGCGUGCAGUAUGCCAUUCUUAGUCUGACAUCACCUGGGAUUGAAGGAGUCAGUGAUACAGAAACGGCCAUCUACUUUGCUCGCGAGACCAACAACGCAAUCUAUAACAAAUACGUGCGAAAUUAUCCGGACCGCUUUGGCUUUUUUGCGUGCGUUGCAAUGCAUGAUCCAGAGGAAGCUGCCAAAGAGCUUGAAAGAGCUGUGUCACAACUAGGCGCUAAAGGCGCUCUGAUCAAUGGUUUUACCAACUUGGACGACCGCGACGAGAGAUUACGGUAUCUUGAUGCGCCAGAGUGCGAACCGUUCUGGAAAAUGCUUCAUCAGCUUCAAGUUCCACUCUAUAUCCAUCCACGAUUGCCUCCAGUUAAUCAGCAAGUUCUGUAUAGCCAAUAUCCCAACCUUGUCUCCGCAUCUUAUGGCUUUGGUGUGGAGUGCGCAGGCCAUGCUCUUCGAAUUAUGUGCUCUGGAAUCCUUGACAAGUAUCCUGUAACGAUCAUACUGGGUCACUGUGCCGAAGCACUUCCCUUUAUUAUUCAUCGAGCGGAUCAGCGAAUGAAAAUUGGCACUCCAGGUAGUAAUGGUGCACAUAAACAUUCUUUGAUGCACUACUUCCAGAAUCAUUUCUAUGCCACAUUGGCCGGUGUUCGUCGCUACAGCACAAUGAAAAACACAAUCGAAGAGCUUGGCGAAUCACGCGUGAUGUUCAGCGUGGAUUAUCCUUAUGAGAGCAACGAGGAUGCAGCAGAUUGGUUCGAUGGACUCGAACUCAAUGAAAGCACCCGAAUGGCUAUUGCUGCUGGAAACGCCACACGGCUCUUUGGCUUGCCUGCUAUGACCGACUGAUCUUUGGCACAGGAGCAGUAUUAGCGAGGCUUUCCUUGCUCUUGCCCUGGUCUCGUCCCAUCUCAAUACGUCCUGGUUGAAUGCCUGUACAUGAUUAGUAUGAUGUGAGAAAUGCCACAUCAGUCGUCAUCUGCGAGCAUCACUACAUAAGAUAAACUGAGUUCCCUUAGGUUAUGAGGAGAGAAUUUCAUAGAAUAGCCAACAUAUAUAUGAU